AUCCUCUGUGGGUGAAAACACACCUGCCUGAAAAUCAUCUGCACAGAGACGGGUGGAGCCACUGCAGAGUCAGUUAAAUACUGCGUCUCAGCACCUGAGAUCUACAAAGAGACCGUGUAGAGACCAUCUCCAGUAGCACAGCAACUUCAUUUCUGGUUUGAACUUACCAGCCAAGCAAACAUGUCCUUUUUCAAGAAAUUAUUCAAAAAUGUGAUCAAAGACGGAGACCCCAAGGAUGACACUGUCACAGUGAAGGGUAAGCCAAAACCUAGGUAUUAUGGAACAGUCACCCCAUACCCGAACUUCAAUGCCAGCAGUGAUGCUUCAGUUCUUCAGGCCGCCAUUAAGAGCAAAGGAGUGGACGAGGAUGUGAUCAUUGCAGUGCUGGUGAAGAGGAGCAACGAGCAGAGGCAGAAGAUCAAAGUAGUUUAUGAAGCGUCCACUGGGAAGAGCCUGGAUAAAUCCCUGAAGGCGGCUCUCAGGUCAGAUUUAGAGGACGUCUCUCUGGCUCUGCUCAUGGCGCCCCCUCACUUUGAUGCCCACCUGCUCAGGAAGGCCACAAAGCGUCUGGGCACAGAUGAAGAUGUCCUGGUGGAGGUUUUGGCAACAAGGUCAAACCAAGAGAUUCAAGAACUGAAGAGGGUCUUUAAAGAAGUGUACAAAACAGACCUGGAGGACGUUAUUAAGGAUGAAACCAGCGGUGACUUCACCACAGCCCUUCUGGCCAUGUUGAAAGCUAACAGAGCUGAGAACACUGAAGUCGACACGGAUCUGGCCCGAAGAGACGCACAGACUCUGUUUGAGGCGGGUGAGAAUACCGAUGGAGUCAAUGUUGAUGCCUUCAUCAACAUCCUGACCACGCGGAGCGGCCCGCAGCUCUCUAAGACAUUCCAGCAAUACGCGUGCAUCAGUGACAUCACAUUACCUAAAGCCCUGGACAUGGAGCUGAAGGGAGACAUUGAAGACUGUCUCACUGACAUUGUGAAAUGUUCCUGGAACGCACCGGCUUUCUUCGCUGAGAAGCUCCAUUUGGCAAUGAAGGGCCACGGCACAUGCGAGGACACACUGAUCAGGGUGCUGGUGAGCCGCUCUGAGAUCGACCUGAAGAAGAUCUUGGAGCAAUACAGGGCCAUGUAUGAUGUCAGCCUACAGGAGGACAUAAUGAAAGACACUAAGGGACAUUAUCGGGACAUCCUGCUUGGACUGUGUGGACCUCACUGAAAUUCUGUUGUAACAACUUAACUGGAAGUUGAGGAUGCCACUGAAAUCUCACAUUUCUUUAAUUAUUACGACUAACGUGACCAGUCUGUCUUUAUUGACUUGAUGUUAUCCCCCAGACAAUCAGAUAAGCAUACUGUAUCAUACCCUCUUUCUGACAAAAACCCACUGCUAGUGGUAAUAACAGCUUGUGUAUGUUGUCAAUAACAAUCAUUUUUCUUUUGGGAGUAAAUUGUAAUCAAAAGUUUAAUAACAUAACAUAUAUGAGAAACUAAUCUAAAAGAUGUGAAAGACACAAAAAGGGGGGUGGAGUAUGAUAUUUUUCUUUAAAGUUUUAAAAUGCUUAUCAAUGUUAUAUUAAUUGAUAAAAUGUUAGUGUGGUCCUGUUA